AAUCGACGCAGUCAUUGCGUCGCCGCGUACUGGACGUCACCGGAAGUAGACGGCGGCGGCCGCGGGACCGUAUUUUGAACAAUGUUAGCCGCCGCAGCAGCGCAUUUUAUCAAAAACCCGUCGUUUUGCGACAUUAAAUCAUCUGUUUUACAGACAUAUAAUGAAUUGCGUCUUGCUAACGGUCUGUUUUCAAGUUGUUAUGGAAUGAACCGUAGUACAAGUACGUUAACCGAUAUAAUUACGUUCGAAUAGUAGCAGAGUGAAAUGUAAACAAAGGUAAAUAUCAUGUUUUCAUGAGUAUCUAUAAAAUGCGUUUGAUAAGCUUGUAGCUUCGUGCAUGUUAUCCUCAAUAUUAAAACAUAAAUGAUGUUUAGUAAUCCAUAAAUAUGGAUCCAUAUAAGAAUUGACACAUGAGACGGAUCAUGUGUGUGAUUGGCUCUUCAUGGACGACUCGGACCAGGACUUCACCGACCUCUGCUCUCGUCUCCUCAAAAGAGUGAGGAAGAAAGGAGCAGGAGGAUCUGGAGAUGAAAAGAGAUCAGCAACCAAGGAUGAGGAGCCAUCCUCCCCCAUCUCUAGAAGAAACCCUCCUAAGAGGAGAAAGAAGACUGAUAAGGAUGUUACUAAGACUGAAGUAAAGAGUAAGAUCGAUGGCAGGACUCAGGCUGUAGGGUCUGGUGAUGUUUCUCAGCCCGUUCCUGAAGUAUCUGGUACAGGGAAAGUCAAAGAUGCAGUGAUCCGGAGAAUGCAGCAGUUUAAGAGAGCCAGUCCAGAGAGACUCCUGCAUGCAGAGACUGACCAACCCACAACCACACAGUCUGAUGGAAACCGUCUCACCACUGCUGGGAUGCAGCUCACAGAUGUGAGCAGUGAUGAGGCCCUGGCUCUUCAGCUUCAGCAGGAGUUGGAUCGUGAGGCUCGGCCCACUAGAGACGUGGAAGAUGAAGGAUUGUUCUUCUGCCAGCUCUGUCAGAAAGAUCUGUCAGCCAUGAGCCCUCCGCUGCGCACUCAGCACAUCAACAGAUGUUUAGAUGCAAGCGAGAGCAGCGCUCCUUCAGCGUCCCAUCAUUCCCACCCCAGACCACGGCUCCCAGAGUGUCCCAUUUGUGGAAAGAGUUUUAAAUCAGAAAAAAGCCGGUCUGUCCACCUAAAGCGUUGCUCGAGUGAUAUGGGUGUGAAACCAAAUGAUCUUCUCCAGGCUCUGAGGAGACAGGCUGCUGAGACAGCGAGCGCCUGCACCUCCGACCAAUCACAGCAACUAGGCAGUGGUACGGUAACUAGGAGGGAUGGCAAGCCUGUAAAAAAGAGAACCAGGAGGAAAGCCCAGAAGGUGGACGAGGACACAAUGGUGGCGCUGGCUCUGUCCCGGUCUUUACUCCAGCAGGAAAUGGAAAAGGAGCGAGAGAUGGCCGAGGAGAAGGAGAUACUGGCUCAGCUCUCCAGUCCUCCUGCGACAGGGGCUCAUGUCUUACAGUGGAAACCUGGAGCCGGUAAGGGCCGUGGGAAGAGAAGGAAGGGAGCGUCUCCUGUCCACCCACCACUUCUCCUCAUCCAGGACCCUCAGACAGCACUGAACCGUCUGCAGGAGCGGGUUUCGUCUCUCCUGCUCCGUUCCAGACCCCCCUCUCCACCAACACCAACUCUUUCCCCCUCCGUGCUCCCUCUUCAUCCUCAAGCCCCCCUCUGGGACAAAAGUGCUCUUCAUGGAGGAGGGCCAGAUGCUGUUUCAGAGUUUUACACCUCAGAACUAAGCAACUUCAUACAGCCAUGGGUCGCACCGGAGAGAGAAAAAGUCGAGUCCCUUGAAGUAACUCCAGUCAAGAAAUUUCCAGCUGAGGCUGAUUCAGUCCAGGAAAAGCUUUCAGAUCAGAGCCCAGCACAACACCAGACUACCCGUCCUCUCACCCCCUGUUCGGGUACACCAGACACCCAGGCUCUGCAGGACCUGAUGGAGCUUGCAGAGGAAGGCAUGACCCUCACCCAGUAUGGAUACACAAUGUACACGGUCGCAGGGAACAAGUCAGACAAUGCUGUGAAUGAACUUCCCUCGAGUGGUUUUGUUCCAGUGACAAACGACAAAAAGAUGCCCAAGAAAACCCCAGUGUACGUUUCAAAGCUAGCAUCAGAUCUGAGCUGCAUGGUGAACAACCCUCAACUCAGCGAUGUGCAGUUACAGGUGGACAGUGGGGACGUUUUCUUCACGCACUCGUUUAUGCUGUACACACGAUGCCCCCUGCUGGCCAACAUGGUUCAUGACUCAGGUUUUGGUGUUCAGGAGGAGGGUAUGCCUGUCUCUCAGAGGGUGCUGUUGGGUAAUGUGCUUGGGGAGGCAGUACUGGCCCUCCUGCAGUAUCUUUACACAGCCCACUGUCCUCUGACACACACACUGCUACCCCACAUACUGGAGCUUUCCGAUAGGUUUGGUUUGGCUGAGCUGCAGCAGCAGUGUGAGGAAUAUUCUGGAAGUGUGGAGGAAAACCCAACAGAGGAAUCUGAAGGCAUAUUUCCAGCACCUAAGCCUCAUCUCGGGGACCAAGAAGACCAGAACUUGGCAGAAAGCAACUUCUUGGACCUCCUCCAAUCAAUGUGGCAGCACGGGGACAGCGAAGAAGAGGAUGAUUUCAAAGAGACUGCCAGAGAGGAAAGAGACAUGGAAGAGGAGCAAGAGAGAGAAGAUGGAGAAAAAGAGGACCGGGUGGAUGAGGAAGAGCUUGACGAGAUCUAUGAUUUUGCUGCGACACAAAGGAAGAUGGAGACAAUGUUGGAGGCUGCAACCGAGACCGAGGAAGAGGAGGGAGAUGCAAAUACAUCCCUCGGAAAUGAGAAGGAUGAGACAGAAGACAGGAGCGAGACAGAAUCCCUCUUAGAGAAAUCUGCCGGCAGUUGCCAUAGUAACAAACAAGGCGUGGAUGGGAUGGAGGCUGCCAUGGUAACAAGUCCAAGAGAAGAAACCCUUGAAAACCCCAAUUUGGAGACUGAGAGAGUUUGUUUUAUUUCAGAAUUAGAUGAAAACAGAGACCCGGAUGCCAGUCUAGACAAAAGCUAUGACCGUUUAUUCUCUCAGUCUGUAGGGGAAUACAUGGAACCGUCACAGACGCCAGCAUCCUGCUCUCAGCAACAAUGUUACAAGCCAUCGCGCACACUACAGCAAAACACACCCGCCCCGUUUCGCCCUUCAUGUGUUAGUGAGGUGAUCGACCUGUCUAUAAGCCCUCCACCAAGCUCAGGUGUGUCAGGUGAGACUAACUUCCCCAUGCCCGGAGUGUCUCCUGUUCCUCAUGAGGGUGAACAUGCAGGUAAAUCUCCACUAACAAAAGACAAUUCAGUAUGCCAGAAAAUCGAAAACCCCGCUUCCCCUCCACAAUCACAAAGCAAACAGGUUGAGCUCAUUGUUCUCUCAGAUUCUGGUGAUGAAAUGGAUGUAGACGGUGGCCACAAUGCUGCUACCACUAAACGUGCUUUGACUCCUCCGUCUCCUUUCGAAUCUCCCUCAGAACCUCUUCAGACGUCCACAAGCUAUGCUUGCAAAGUCACAGAGAACACUUUCAAAGAAUCUGGAUCCCAAGGCCAUGCCGGCAAACGGGUAGAUACUUCCAAGCAGGUGUCGACUGAUACAGAAGCCAGAUCUGAGCGAUCAGAGCACUGUAGCCCUGGGAUUGCAAAUGAAAGCGUGUUUGAUGGCUCUGCCGAGGUUUCCUGGCUGAUUCCAGCCACUCCAGUGCCAUCCACACGCUGUAGCUCUGCCCAGACCUGCAUCAGCAUGCGCCGAACCCAACUCUUCCCUAAGUCAUCGUCCUCUUCUUCCUCUUCCUCUGUCUCGAGUGGUUUGAAACCUGUUAGCUUUGAUUCUUCAAGCAGCAGCAGCUGCAUAAAAGCGAAGCCGGUACCCUUUUCUGAAUUGCCCAAAUCAAAUUCGAGUCCCUCUAAAGAACAUCGUAGCUCUGAUACGGAUCGCUCUCCAGGUUACCGGAGACCACUUCGCCAUCUAAGACUGUCUCAGGUUCCUUCUACGGAUGUUUCUGAUGGCUCCCACAUUGGCAGCAUCAAGGGACAUCCCACCCAGGGUGUCUCCAAGCCCUCAAGUAGCACUCCUCUCCAUUCAGACUCUUCCUUACAACGUCAGAUCCCGUUUGGAUCCCCUGUGGUUGAUGACUGUGAGGUACGGCUCAGGGAUAGUAGAGGUAAUUCUAGAUUCUUCGGCAGUCAGGGAAAAGUUGGUUUAGCGUCUCUACAACUGAGUUAUUCUUCCCCUAGUAAGGCACCUGAGAAGAAGCAGAGUAGCUCUCUUGCUCAGGGAUGCUCCAGUCCAUCCCCGAACUUUCAAAGCUGCAGUCAUCCAGAAAGAUCGAGAAAGAGUAACAGCGAUGGGGUAGAGCGAAUGGAAUUGGGGGAGAAUCCAAAUCAAAAUUAUGAAGAAUUGGUGGAUAUUGCGGAAAACUCAUUUAGUGACAUGGACGAGCCUGGGAGAAGAGCGGGAGACGAAAAUCAAAAUCAAAGUGUUGACGAACUGGGGGAUAUUGCGGGAGACUCAUUAAACGAUAUGGAUGGGUCUGGAAGAGCGGGAGAGGAGAAUCCAAAUCAAAGUUUCGACGAAGUUGUGGAUAUUGCAGGAAACUCAUUUUGUGGCAUGGAUGAGCCUCCUAUAGCGUUUGAUGACUCCUGGGGUUUGGAUGGAGGAGUUGGAAGCCAGAAGCCCUGCUUUAGUCUACGGCUUGACAGCAGCGACGGUAUGGUCAGUCCACCAGGUCUCAAGGGUAAAGGACCAACGUCCACAUCUCCUCUUGCAUCUGGAGCUUGUACCAAAACUCCUGAUCCAAGUCCAGGUCCAUUUAAUCACAGCCUACCUGAUCCUGACAUGUGGGAUGAUUGGGAAGAAGAGGAGGUGGCUUCCCUUCCUCUUUCUCAGAGAUUGACAGCUCCCUCUGCCAAGAGAGUUGCCGAACUAAAGACUCCAGUUGCUUGCAGAAAGAAGAAUAAAGGACCACUGGUGCCCAUCACUCCCAUGCCAGGCUUUUCCGAUAUGGACACACCGGAGCUCAAAAACAAACUCAACAGGUUCGGCGUGCGUCCGCUGCCCAAGAAGCAGAUGGUUCUGAAGCUGAAAGAGAUCCAUCAAUACACCCACCAGCUGCAGAGCUCAGAGUCAGAGGAGGAGACCUUUGGACCCCAACGCCCCCCGAAUGCCUCUAACUCCCAGUCUGCUCCGCUCUCCUUUAAGCAACCUACAGCGCCCUCUGUUGUUUCACCUGUGAAACUGCCACCAAGUGAAGAAGAUGAGCUUUUAUCAGCCUCUCAAAACUCAAAUACAUCCUCCACUGCGGAGUCUGACAGGUCGAACCCAGAGCUGUGUGUGUCUGAAGACGAGGACUCUGACAGCGAGGGCAUCACAGCGUCUCAGGCGGUUGUGCGUGAGAAGGACAAACUCCUCGCAGUUCGUCAGUUCAUCCUUUCUGACCCCAAGCUGUAUGCACGAGUGCUGCAGUACCAGCCUCUCUCCCUGGCGGAGCUGCAAUCCAGCUUGAAAGCAGCGGGCAUCAGGUUAGGUGCUGCUAAACUACUAGACUUCCUGGAUUCUCAGUGCAUUACUUUCAGUACGGCCAAACAGGGCCAGAAUGCAUCUUCCCGCAGGAAACGACGUGUGAAAACGACAACCAGUGGCGGUGCAGCCGGAAGAGGAAGGAAAAAAGCAGCUAAGCCCAAUGGAGGAGUUGCAUGAGGGCUGAAAUAAAAUAAUGUGGUAAAACUACAUGAUUUUAAGAAUAAGCUGUUUAAGGACAAUAAUGGUUUUCGUCUUUUCAACUAAAAUGUCUGACACACACUUAGUGUGUCACUAUUCCGUUGACAGGAUUGAAACUAAAAUGCAUUUAUGUUUGUAUUUUUUUUUUUUGUACAGUGUUUGAAAUGAAAAUAUUAUUUUUUAAAAUGGAUUUAAUUUAAUGUCUGGAUAAUGUAAUUAAACAUUUCUUAAUGUAAAUGUCACAUGUUUUUAUACAAGAAAAGGUUUUGUUUUUUAUGAUUUCUUCAACCAAAAUGUGCCUCUCAAACAAACUCGUCAAAAAAAAAAAAAGUUAUGAUAACGGUCAAUAAAUGUGCAGUCAGUCAAUUUUACAUGAAUAAAAUUAAGAUUGAAAAAACAAGACUUUUUUUGCAUUGUGACAAUAUCUUUUUCAUGACAGACAAGUAUAUUUCACACAACUAACAUUAGCCUGUAAUGCAAAAAAUGUAUAUUACAAUAUAUAAAUAUGUAUCCAGAAAUUAUUUUUAUUAUUAUAUCACAAUAAGAUUUUCACUUAAUU